UGUUCCCACGCUUCCCACCGCCGGGGCCGUCGCUGUCCACGUCGGCUGCGGGCUUGUUGGCAUGGCGGCUCAGAAGAUAAACGAGGCCCUGGAGCACAUCGCCAAAGCGGAGAAAUAUCUGAAAACGGGCUUUUUCAAGUGGAAACCAGAUUAUGACAGCGCUGCCUCUGAGUAUGGAAAAGCAGCUGUUGCUUUUAAAAAUGCGAAACAGUUUGAUCAAGCAAAAGAUGCCUGCCUGAGAGAAGCCGCAGCCCAUGAGAAUAACAGGGCUCUUUUUCAUGCUGCUAAAGCUUACGAGCAAGCUGGCAUGAUGUUGAAGGAGAUGCAGAAGUUGCCAGAGGCUGUUCAUCUGAUCGAGAAAGCCAGUAUGAUGUACCUUGAGAACGGCACUCCCGACACUGCAGCCAUGGCCUUAGAGCGAGCUGGGAAGCUUAUAGAAAAUGUAGAUCCAGAAAAGGCUGUACAGUUAUAUCAACAGACAGCUAAUGUAUUUGAGAAUGAGGAACGCUUAAGACAGGCAGUUGAAUUACUAGGAAAAGCCUCCAGACUUUUAGUACGUGGACGCAGGUUUGAUGAAGCGGCACUAUCUAUUCAGAAGGAAAAAAAUAUUUAUAAGGAAAUUGAGAAUUACCCAACUUGUUAUAAGAAAACAAUCGCUCAAGUCUUAGUGCAUCUGCACAGAAAUGACUAUGUGGCUGCAGAAAGAUGUGUCAGGGAGAGCUACAGCAUCCCAGGGUUCAACGGGAGUGAAGAUUGUGCUGCUUUGGAACAACUUCUGGAAGGAUAUGACCAGCAAGACCAAGAUCAAGUGUCAGAUGUGUGCAACUCUCCUCUUUUCAAGUACAUGGACAAUGAUUACGCGAAGCUGGGUCUGAGUUUGGUGGUGCCAGGUGGGGGAAUCAAGAAGAAAGCAGCUGCGGCACCACAGGCCACCAGUGGAGGCACUGCUGCUGCCCCUGCUGAGGAGGAUGAAGAUGAAUACGCAGGAGGACUGUGCUAGGAUCCUGUUUUGCAAAAGUAAACAGAAGAAUGUGCCAUUCAUGGACUUGUAUUUUGUGAGGGGAUCUCUCUGGACUUCACUGCAGUCAUGUUUUUGAAUGCUAAUAGAUGGAUAUUUGGUUUCUAUUUCUCUCAAUAACCCAUUGGACUGGUCCC